AUGUCAAUAGAGUAAGCAGUAUAAAGUAAAUUAGAAUGUUGUAUGAACGAAAUUGAAUAACAUUUAGAUGUAUUUGUUUUUUUUAUUAUUAUUUUUAGUCAUCAUUUGAUAAGAUCAAUAAUUUGAUUGAUUAGUUAUUCAUUUUAGAUGAUCCAAUUAAAAAAAAUUUUAGUGCUAAUUUAGAAGUAUAAUUACCAAAAAUAAAUGAAUUCCAUUCAAUUGGUUAAUCUAUGGUUUAAUUCAAUAUGAUUGAAGAAUUGAUACAAUUAAUCAAUUAAAAGAUUAAAGAAAAAUCUGAAAUUUAAUAAUUAUAAUUACAUUAGGAUUAUUAAUAACCAUAAUUAAAAGACAAAGACAAUAAGAUUAAAUCUCAAUCUUAAAUUAAUUUAAAACCAUUUACUUAUGAAAUUAUUUAAAAUAAUUCAAUUAAAUAAUUAAAUUGUUGUCGUGCCUUUGCUUUUAAUAAAGAUUGUUCAAUUAUUGCCAUUGGAUGUAAUAGUUAAAUAAUUAUACAUUAAUUUAAAUAAGGAAUUUAAUAAUAAAUACAAGUAUUAGAUUAAGAUAAAGGGAGUGUUCAUACAUUAAAUUUUAUGAAAAAAUCAAAUUAAUUGAUAUCUGGAUAUUAGCAUAAUACUAUUAUAAUUUGGUCAAUUAAUAACAAUAAUUAAUGGGUUUGUUCAUAAACAAUUCAAGAACAUAAUUCUUAAAUUAAUUGUUUAAUUGUAAAUAAUAAUGAAGAUUUAUUUAUAUCAGGCAGUCAUGAUAAGACUAUUAAAUUUUGGAUUAAGAAAAAUGAAUGGAUCUGUUAAUAAACUAUCACGGAACAUCAAAAUCAAGUUAAUUCAAUAAGUUUAAAUGACUCACAAAAUAAAGUUAUAUCUUGCGGAAAAGAUAAAUUUAUAUUAAUAAUUGAAUAUUCAGAAUAGAAUAAAAAUUGGAUUGUUAUUUAAAAAAUUAAUGUUGAUUGUUUUGGAAAUCGAUUAUGCUUUAUAGAUGAUAAUUUAUUUACAUUUAAACCAAUAGAAGGCAAUUUGAUGUAAGUCUAUGAAAUGAAUAAUGUAAGUAAAUCAUUCAAUAAAACUAAAGAUGUUAUUGUUAAUCAAGGUAAUGAUUAUUAUAUGUUCUUUCCAUAAUAAUAUAUAAAUUCAAAAUAAUUAUUAGUGAAUCGACACGAUAAAUAUGUUGAGUUUAUAAGAAAGACAGAAAAUGGUCAAUUUGAAAUUUAGUAAUCCAUUCAGUUUAAUACAAAAUGCAUAUUUGGAUCAUUAAGUGAUGAGGGAGACUAUUUAAUAACUUGGGAGGACUCAUCAAAAGAAAUAUAAAUUAGAAAAUACAGACAAGAAUGA